AUUAUUUCAUUCCUAUCCCAACUUAGCCGUUUCAUUUCAAACUGCGUCCACAUUUAGAAGCAAUUUUAAUGAUUGUGAAAAUUCCAUUUAAUGUACCGGUAUUCAGAUAUUUUAAUCUCAUUAUCUCACCCACUGAUUGGCAGCUGGUUGCACUCCUAAAAGCGUUGAUCGUAUUAUAUGAAAUCAUCGAACGGAUAAGAACCUUCCUUAUGUGACUGUUCCUUCACCGGUCUAAUUUUGCGCUCUAAAAUGCCACCAAAAAACAAAUGUCUCAUUAGUUCCAAAUUACAGUUGAAUGCAGUUUUACAGAUUGUAAUGAGAUGCAUUUGCGCCACUGUUCAAAUUUAGUCAAGCAGAAGUGCAACUUUCGUUCUGGAACCACAAGAGGACAUUUCCUCCUGAGAAACCUUGUCGCGCCUGAGCGGAUGAAAUUUGCAUCAUCGUACCUUGAAAACCUAAAUGAGUUUUGCCUUUGCUUCCCUUUAUUGAGGACAUUUUUUUUCUCUCCAAAUUUGACUGCAUUGAAGAAUCUUCCAAAGUAAAGUUCCAACGAGACACAAUUGAGCCUAAUAAUGAUCGUUUGAAUCAGGUGGAUCAAUCCUUGGCAUGAUGUGGUAUCAUGCAGAUAUUAUUCCCCCUACAAAAAGUUGAUCAAGAUGUCUUGCUGAAUGAUUCUUCAGGACAGUAGUUUAAAUAGGCCUCAGCGAGAGUGACAGUUACUGGGUCAGGACACCUGAACCGGGCUUUGCCGCUCAGUAGUGUUGUCUUACAGAGGCCUCCAUGUUGCCAAGCAGCGACUGAUAACAUUGACGGUGAGAUCAGGUUGAAUCAGCGACCAUCCGGCAUCAUGGACGGCCUCGCUUCUAUGUGAGUCAGGCGGUUGCUUAAGUUCGCUCGUGAGUGAGGAAUAUGGACCUCAGAGGCGAGCGUUUAAUUGUUUAGCCUUAGAGGGAUGUUUCGGAAGAUCGCCCAUGCGUUCCGUUCCAAUCAUCACUGGGAAAGAGAGCCAGAUGAGUUCGGGCCUGAGUACCACAGCGCCUGCACCGUCAAGCUGGUCCGCAGCAGCUCCGUGCUGGUUGUGGGAGAGAGGACGCAGUCUUGUGAGGGCGCCGCGUUGAAACGAAGCAAGAGCGCCCUGAGUGUGGAAUCCAGUUUGUACUACUACCACAGGCAAGAGGACCGCGUGUGGCUUCACUCCCACGAGCAGAACUGUCUGGAGUAUCUGCGAGCGCUGGUGGCUCUGCGGCGGGGCUACGCAAAGAGCGUGAGCGACUUGAACCGUGGCGACGUCAAAGCCGCGGCGUCCUCCGAGAAGAACGCGGCACUUCCGGCAAAGCCAGGAAACACGGUCUCUCGAGCUACUCCCUUGGCACCGCCCGUGCCCACCGUGGAAGACACGUUGCAAUUUCUGGAUGAGGUGAUUGCAAGCUGCGACACUGAACCUCAGCGUAAACCUUACUUGGAUGAUGGCCAUGACGACGUGGACUUUAUAGUGGCGUCUAGCUCAGCAGAACAUGACCUCCACUCCAACUGGGUCUUGAGGGUUCCUCGGGUGGUAGGUGACGCCAACAUUCAGCAGGAGGAGGUUCAUGUCAAUGCCAACAAAAAAAACCUCCAGAAAAACAAGAGCGGGUCGACCAGCAGUAGGUUGCGCCUACAGAGGAACCCCAUCCAUUUGCCCAAAGUGGUGGAGAGCGCCCUGCAGACACUUCGCUUCAAGUCCAAAAAGUCCUGAAAAUGUCCAAGACAAUUAGGAUUGACACUCAUUCGAAUGGUAAGAUAUUUUUUUUCUUUUUAAAUGAACUCAAGCGCCGGCGCCAUAGUGGAAGACUGUUAGUAGUAGAAUGGAACUGGGACCAAAUAUGAAAGUCUGACUUGUUGGAUUGUAGGUGGCCGUAUUGGGCAUUAAAAAAACAGACGGUGAAACAGUAGCAACUUCACAGCACCCUCUGCUGGAUGUAGUGGGUUAUUAGUUCAUAUACUGUAGCGCCAAUGCAAGUUGUAACAAUUUUGAAUAUUCUAAGACUAGGUGGACACUUAAAAUUCGAUUUGACUCUGUGACAAUAAUGUAUUUCAGGGGUCAUUUGGUU